AGAGAAAGCAACCCAAAAAGGCCAAGCCCAAACUGAAUCAUCUCACACCUCUUAUUCUAAGCGCCCCGGUUUCGAGCAGUUGUAGUGUUACUCCUUGACCUUGUUGGGAAUAUCCAUAUUAGAAGACCCAGCAUUAUAAUAACAUCACAUAACCCUAGUAUAGGCUAGCGACCCGGCGUGAAAAAGAAGCUACUUACGAAAAUGGCGCUGCUUUACCACGACUACGGUCCGCAGAACAAAGACGGCCAGCCGCUUCCUUGGCAAAAUGUCACUGCGGACCCGACCAAGCGUCCCGUCCAGGGCUUCGCUCCUGAUCGAACGGCGUUGAAACCGCGUGAAGCAUCCAUCGCGCAGCCAAUUCCGCAGCCAAUGCAGGGCAGCCAGCCGGUUGUCCGCGAAGGGAUGUUUGGUACACAAGAACUUGUGUUGUGACGACAGAUACAUACAGCUAGAACUGACCGAUAAAUUUUCAUUCUUUCCGCUUUCUUUAUGCUUUGCUUUGAUUGGCAUUGAUGCUACACUUUUACUCGUCGUCAAAAGCCAUCCGAAAAAUCAUCAAAACAAAUUUAACGUAUAAAAACUAAAACCCACAGGUCCCAAUGGGCAAUCUCUGCACCGUCCUCUCUCCGACAAGAUCGCGCGCGCUCCUGUCACGGUGCAGAUGCUUCCAUCGAACAUGAAUUACGGGGACCCCGCGCCCUUCCCUAACGUCAUGGACUCACCGGCAGCCGGCGUGUUAUCGCACGAGCUGGACAAACAAGCCUACCGGAACAUAACCGCUGCGUACGGAAUACAGGAGCUAAGUCAGCAGGACCAACGAGUCCCACCAAUCUCUCCACGGACAGUUGCGCAGCAGCAGCAAGCUGCUUCUCCCUACGUCCAAGCGCAAGCGAACGCGGCGAAUGUAAGGUUUCAGAUCGGGGAAACUCAACGAGACUACCUGCUCCGCCAAGAAAAGAAUGCGUUUUCGUCAGAUCAACAUGGGAAAACGUUUUCGCCGCUACAGAGAGACGAAGCGCUGUUGAUGAAACAAGAACGCGCCAUGACGGGCGUGAACAAUUACAAAUACCUGCCAAAUUGCUACAAGGUGGAGGAAGAGAUCGCGAUGAGCCCGGAAAAAGAGAUCGUCGGCAACUUUUCCCCCGACCGAAGUCUGUUGAAGUACAAUCACUGCGAUUCCGGGGACCCGUUCCUCGUACGGUAUGUUCCCCACGGCGCGCGGGUAGCGGGGAAGCCGAACGAGACGGAGGUGACGAUCUUAGGAGGUGCGCCAGGUACUGGGAACGAACAACAUCAGCAGAGACCUUCACAGCAGAGCUUUUCCCCCGACCGAACCGGGGUGAUGCUCGAUUACAGGGGGAAACUGGCGCACGAGGAGGAGCAGCUGCACCGCGAUUCCUCCCCACAGCGGGCGAACGGGGUUUUCCCCGGGUUCGGCCCCGCGGCCCACAGUCCGGUUUUGCACGCGCGGCUGGACCGCAAGCGCGCGCACCCGGCGCUGAUGCCCGGGAACCCGACGCGGGCGUUAGUGCCGCGGGCGAAGUACGGCGAUCAGUAUUCCAUGAAGUACGACGAAGAGCAGGAAAGCCGAUAUUACGGAGGAAGCGGUAAUCCGGAGUUUAGCAAAGCACUCCCGAGUGCCGGUGGGGACUUUCCACUCGGUAGGGGGAAACGGGUCGGGAUCAAUCCGAUGGAGAAGGAAAGUAACCUGGUGAAGGAUUUGAUCUCGCCUACUUCAUCUCCUUACGGCCGGCGCGCUGUAGUCCCCCAAGCCCCAACGCUGCUCAAAGACGUCGACGUUUUGCCGCCAAAGGAGUUUGAUGUGUACACGCGGAGCGCCGAAGUCACCAGCCCUUCUGGGGUUCUGCGCGACUACAAAAACCACGUAGAAAAGCGCGGACAAGAACGAAAUUUUGAUGAGGCGAAUUUCGGUGCCGACCAGAGGGAAAACUUAUUCGAGGCGAGGAAGAGGCAUUACAACGGAAUUCAAUCGCCCAGGAGCGCGGUGCGUCACUCCCCCGGGGUAGAGCAGCGAAGUCCGAGGACUGCGCAGGAAGUGCAGCAAUCAGCAGCAUUAGCGGCAGCCGCAGCGGGACAAGCAAAUAACUACCAAGCAGGAGGUCAACAACCAGACGGAAAUACCGCCAGAAACGUUUUCCUCGAUAACCGGGAUAUGUCUUUGCAGCAACUGAUAGAACAGAGCUCCGACCACCCAUUGAAGCAAAAACAGCUGCACAACGCCAAGAUUGCACAACAACAAUUCGCAGAAGAGCUUCAAAGACAGGACGCCAGCCGCAGGGUAAAUUCCCCUCACGCCGUGGACCGGAGUCCGACAGCGACGAAGGAUGCCAUUUCGGUAACUAACAUGCUCGUCGCGGCCGGUGGCGAUUCCGAGUAUCGAGCGUAUUUGGAAACCGACAGAAGAGGUAGGGCAAUGAAGAACAGCAAGCCCGAGCCGGUAGACUACGACGGGUUUUUCGGGCCGGCGCGGUCCCGGAUGGUCCGGCUGCCCACCGGCAGCGACCCGUCGGGCAUCGACAUGUUCCCCUCCGACCCGCAACGCUGCAACCGGGGGGAGUUUGCUGCGGACAAGAAGAGCUUCGUCGAGCGCCGCAGCUUAUCAACUGCAAAAAUGUCUGGGUCUGGAAGGAUGUGAAGUUGCGAUGCGCAUUUCAUAACACACAGAAAUCUCUCAUGCAUAGGCAGCAAAAGAUGCCCACUUCUUGUCACCAAAGUGGGGGAUAUGUCAUGCGGAUUAGGCAUUGCAGAACCUUGUCGAAAUCUGUGAUGCUAGGGCUUCCAUGCCAGACCUUCUGCGUCAUGCAAAAACAGCAUGACAUCUUCCAGACCCAGACAGAUUUGCAAUGCAUACAGCUUAAAUCACGGCUACUACGAAAGCGUGCCGGCCAAGAUCAACCACACGGUGGUGCUGCCGAACGAUCCGUGUCUGGUAAAACGAAGCCCUUGCAAGCCGAGAGAAGCGGGGUUCUUCGGCGGGAGGUUUGUAGGAUAAUCAGAUUUAGAAAUUGAUAGUGGAGAUACUACUAGACUAGUACUAGCCGGGAACCUGCUGCUGGAUAACUUUCUUUUUCGUCUUACACGAUCGUGGUCUCUGAACUUCCUGCUCAUUGACUGCUUAUUCGUAAUCGCAACUGAAUGUUUUAUUUUACACUAGUUCGUCUGGUGGUACCCCCACCAUGUUCCCGUCCGAUAUCGAUCGGUACAAGAAGAUACGAAAAUUCGAGCCUACAUGAGACGAGAGCACAUGCACAAAUUACAAGGAGCAUCGUUUUUCCCAUCGUUGAGGCCGGUGUGCUCUUUUUGCUACUUGUUUGAAACUCGGCAUAUGAAACCCUACAGUAUGAUUGCGAUAGCGAUUACCCAUUGUCUUCAUCGCCCCCCAGAAGAUCCUGUAAAAAUCUAUUUGGACGAAUUGGACCGAUGCGACGCUUUCUACCUCAUAGCUGGCAACCUUAAAUUUUCACUGACCAU